CUUCAUUCACUCAACUCACCGCGAGCAGAGAAAGGAGAGCAUGAUCCAGCCUGCACAUAAACUGUCUCAUUUAAACAUCUAUUUACGCAAGACGAACACUGAACUCACGGGACAACCGAAACCGACUCGGUUAAUCGAUUAUUUCUUUCAACAAUAAGGACUUUUCAAGCUGGUUUUGCGUAAAAGCGUGCAGGAUAGCACACUUCCACCUGCCCAGUGUUUCAAAACAUCACGGAACUCCGAGGUUCACCUGAGACGCUAAAGGACAUCGUUUGCAUGAAACUGUGGCCAGAUCAAAGCAGUGGAUGCAACUACGCUCCAUUCGUAGAAGAAAGGUGGAAGAGUGGGAGAGGCUCUAAAGAGGACCAGCUGACCUCUGGUGAUCACACCUCAGCCAACAUUUCCCCCAAAUCCAGCCUGAAGCGCACCAUGUCGCUCAGCACGUUUCAGCUCAUGCAGACUCUCAAGAACUCUCCGGCUGCGCUACGUCGCCGCUUUCGCCGCGACCGCACAGAGUCUCUAUCCCACGGAGACCCUCUCUUUAAGGUCCACUACCUGGGCACGGAGAAGAUCUUCUCUCUGGACCGAGAGCAGGCCCAGGACGCUAUUAGCCACCUGCUGGAAGGUGUUUCAAACGGGAAGAAGCUCAGCAAAGAUCACGCCCUGGUGGUGCGGCCGAGAUACGUGGAGGUCAAGGAGCUGAGUACAGGUCGGCAGCUGACGAAGACGUACCUGCAGGACAUCGCGUACUGUGCGGCGGACGCAAACCGGCCCAAUGUCUUCCUGUACAUCUGCAAGCACCAGGGGCAGCAGCUGCAGUGCCGAGUGUUCUGGUGCAGCCGGGCGGAGCGGGCGCGGGACAUGACGGCGUGUCUGGCGCAUUCUUUCCAACGGGCGCUGAGCGACUUCCAGCAGGAGGGGUCGGCCGCGCUGCAGCCCGGAGAGGGGAAGGGGAAACUGGCAGAGGAGUCGGUGAACUCCCCCGCCAACACCAAGAGCUGCACGCUACCUGCCAGUCUGGGAAAAGUUCGCUGGAAGAAGAGGGGCUCUGUGUCUCGCAGCCCCCUCAGAGCCAUCACGAGAAGAGGGUCUGCCUCUGACAGCUGGAACUGAACCCACGCUUUUUACCCUUACGUAAAAAAUGGGACCACAUUUACCUGACAACAACCUCAAGGACAACAGCACUGACGGGAGCGAUUACAAGACAGAAGGGAGGACAAAGGGGAUAAGAGUGGGAAGAGGGGAAAGUCCAUAUUUGGAUGAAGGAGGAAAGGAUGUCGCCAUAAUCAGUGAGCGUACGGACUACGUACGGUUUUUCGACGCAGCAAAGUCGUCUGUUGACUUUUGCAAGAGUGGCGUCCUAUGUAGCACAAAAAGCUGUUGACGAACGCCUUUGUUCAGCUGUCAACAGCUUUGUGAGGACUUGUGACUGGCUGCAAGCCAUUUAGGGAGCAGACUGCUUCAUUUCCGGGCCUCUGUUUUUGGACGGCUUGUUUGUUUUGCCAAAGAGUUUGAUCUGUCGGAAAAGAGACUUUUGUCCACAGAGACGACCAAAAACUGGAAAAAGACGACAAGAGCUUUCGUUGAAGGCAGAUUUUUAUUUAUGAAAUUUGUGACAGGUCAUGAUUUCUUUUUAUUAUUCUUUUAACCAUGUGGCACUGGCAGGUUUCUCAUCUUUGUAUUUUAUUCGGAUGAACAAAACACCCUUUUUUUAAUUUACAUUAUGAUAGUUUCGGACAAGGGUAUAUAGAUGUCAGAGGUCAUUUAUAGUUUGAAAUGUUGUUCCUUAGCACUUUCAUUAGAAUUAGACAUCCAAACAGAUCAAAUAUAAUCAUUUCCAACUGCUUUUUUGUCAGUAACUUGGAAAACAUACACCCCAGUAGAAGCUUUAGGGUCAACAAAUCCUACCUUUUACAGCAACAUCCUUCCAAAAAAAACAAAAACAGAUCCUAACCGUCCACUGCGCCAAAUUAUUUUCAUUCAUGUGGGAAAACACACACUCAGCCAUGACUUGCGGGUUUGUUUGUGUGCGGACACUGGGAACGCUGUGUUCCCAUCUGGAGCCUCGGUGUGGAAUGCUCGGCCGUGCACCUGCAUUCCAAACGUGGAGGAAAUUGGAGAAACGUCUAACCAUGACUUUGCAUAUCGAGCAGCCUCGUCACAAUGUGCCGUUUUACGCCGAGUCGUUCUCAUUACCGAAGCCAUAAAAGGGGCCCCUGCCCCGCUUAAUUAAAAGUGACGGUUAUAGACAUUGAUAUGUGCAGUAUUGCGUAACGGCCUCUCAUGAAGGUGAUUAGUGUCUUACGGUUUACAAAUGAGAGAUUUAAGGAUUAGUGGUACACCCUGAGGCUACCAUUUUGUUUUUUCUGACCAAAACUAAGCUAAGUGUUUUUGACUGAUGUGCCACAAAGUUUUAAUCGGGUUAUUUUAACAUUUUGUACUUGUGAUGUAUCUUUUUAUUUACAAAACGUGCAACCCCCCCCCAUCUCACAAAAGGGGUUAAAGUGCCUGUUUCAAGGCGUAUUUUUAUCAGUGUACUGUUUUUAUGUCAUUGUACAUAUUUAAUUAAAUAUGUAUUUUAUGGAAUAUUAAAACUUUUUAUACAACA